CUUGCCUAAGCUAUCCAUUCCCUUUGCAGUGAGUCACCAGGUUCAAGCUAACCUCAAAUGACGAAAUUAAACCUGCAACCGGUCCUAAUUUACCAGCCAAGAGCCGGCUCUCAUGGCUAUCUGUCCCUACUCCUCCACUGAAGUUCAAGUUCCUGCCGGGUGUUUCAGGUUCAUGGACCUCCAUCACCUCCAAAGGCGCACCGUUACCGCUCCCUUCUCUUCUUCGAUUCUCCGCUCCGAACGUUCUCUAUCUCCGUAUAUAUGCCACCACAUACCCUUUGGAAACAUGGUCAGAUUCGCGCUUUGUGUAGCGAGUUGUAAUUCUUUCAGAAGAUCUCCUACAAUGGCGAUUAAGAAAGGAAAUUCAAACACUAAUCUGAAAGGAUCAUGCAAUGUGGUUUGGACUAUAGAAGCCGAUGUGACAGCUGGUCAGCUUCUGUACUUAACUGGGGAUCCUGUUGUAUUAGGCUGCUGGAAACCGGAGAUGGCAGUACUACUGUCUCCAACUGAACAUGCGAACUUAUGGAAGGCUGAAGUCAAGAUGGCUUGUGGUGUAAAUUUCAAGUAUAAUUAUUUCAUAAAGGGAGAAACAUGGCCUUCACAUGACAUCAUUUGGAGACCUGGACCUGAAUUUUCUAUAUCAGUACCUCUACAUCUUGAGAAAGACAAAAAAAUUAUAGUGAGAGACUCAUGGAUGAGGCUUGAUGCCAAAAGGCCUUCUGCACGAGUAUGGGAUUCCUGGAUAGAGGAGACAUAUCUUCCGAUACAAUCUUUAAUACCGGCUCCAGCCAGAGAUGAAUAUGAGAUAGUGAAUAGCCUUGAAAUUGACUCAACAGAGCCAAGGCCCCUAUUAAAUGAUGACAUGGUCAAUGAUAUAUUGUACUUUAAAAGUGAGGAUACCAUUAGGGCUGCAGAUAAUGGUUCUGAGAGAGUUUUCACCGAAAGAGAUCAGCCUGUUGAGGAACCCUGGUUAUUCCGGUCAGCACUCCUUUUUCCCAUUGUUAAGGAUAAGAUGGGGUAUGAUGAGUCCAAAAGUACUGUCUGUGUGGAAGAUGAGGCGACCAAGAUGGAAGAUACAGGUAAGUUGUUGCCUGAAGAAGGGAGCAAUCUUACAUCAGAGGAACCCAUAUCUACUGUUAUUCUGAUUAAUUCUUCAAUAUGUACCAUGCAAAGGAUUGCUGUACUAGAAUGUGGGAAAUUGGUUGAGUUAUUACUGGAACCGGUUAAAACUAAUGUUCAGUGUGAUAGCGUGUAUCUAGGGGUGAUCAUGAAACUUGUUCCACAUAUGGGAGGUGCUUUUGUAAAUAUUGGAAAUUCUAGACACUCUCUUAUGGACAUCAAGCAGAACAGGGAACCAUUUAUAUUUCCUCCAUUUCGUCGUAGGACAAAGAAACAAGAAGUCAAUGGUUCUGUUAUCGGAGCCCUGGAAGAGCAUCCAGAUGCACAUGAUAAUGCAUGUACAUUUCAUGAUAUUGUGUUAAAUUAUGAUAAUACUGAGGUCAACUCUCAAGAUGACUUCGUACAACCCAUGCACAAUGACUACCAGGAACAUGAAGUUGAGGAUGAUCUUGAUGUUUCAGAAGUUCUUAACGAGAAUGUAAAUGGUACUAUAGUUGAUUUCGAUGAAGCAGAAGCUGAUUUUGAGGACUACUUAGAUCGAAUUGAACAUCAUCUAGAAGGUGAAACCAUUAACAGUUCCCUUCCUGUCGGCGUAAAUGGCUCAAAUGAUUCUCAAAUGUCUCAUUCCCAACAUGUGAAGGACUCUAGGCAUACGUUCAGCAAUGAAAACAAAUGGUCCCAAGUUUGGAAAGGAACAAAAAUUGUUGUACAAGUUGUUAAAGAGGGGUUGGGUACAAAAGGUCCCACUCUAACUGCUUAUCCUAAAUUAAGAAGCAGAUUCUGGAUACUGAUCACUCGUUGCAGUAGAAUCGGAGUUUCAAAAAAAAUUGCUGGUGUUGAGCGCACACGCUUGAAAGUUAUUGCAAAAACUUUGCAGCCUCAGGGUUUUGGUCUGACAGUAAGGACUGUUGCUGCUGGUCAUUCUUUAGAGGAAUUACAGAAGGACUUGGACAGUUUGCUUUCAACUUGGAAAGAUAUAAUAGAGCAUGCAAAAUCUGCAGCUCUGGCUGCGGAUGAAGGUGUUGAAGGGGCCAUUCCCAUUAUUCUCCAUCGGGCAAUGGGUCAAACACUCUCGGUUGUUCAGGAUUAUUUUAAUGAUAAGGUUCAGAGAAUGGUCGUUGACUCACCAAGGACAUAUCAUGAGGUUACCAAUUACCUUCAGGAAAUUGCUCCUGAUCUUUGUGAUCGAGUUGAGUUAUACAAUAAAAGAAUUCCUCUUUUCAGUGAAUUUAACAUUGAAGAAGAGAUCAAUAAUAUCCUAAGUAAAAGGGUUCCCCUUGCUAAUGGAGGCUCACUCAUUAUUGAACAAACUGAGGCAUUGGUCUCUAUUGAUGUUAAUGGGGGACAUGGCGUUUUUGGUCGUGGGACUUCACAAGAGAAAGCCAUUCUAGAUGUCAAUCUUGCAGCUGCAAAACAAAUUGCGAGGGAGUUACGGCUGAGAGAUAUUGGUGGCAUUAUAGUUGUAGAUUUCAUUGAUAUGACAGAUGACUCAAAUAAGAGAUUGGUCUAUGAAGAGGUUAAGAAGGCUGUGGAGAGAGACAGGUCAAUGGUGAAAGUAUCUGAAUUAUCUAGGCAUGGACUUAUGGAAAUAACAAGAAAGAGGGUUCGGCCUAGUGUGACAUUUAUGAUUAGUGAGCCAUGCACAUGCUGUCAUGCUACCGGGAGAGUUGAAGCUUUAGAGACCUCCUUUUCAAAAAUUGAACAAGAAAUUUGUCGGUUGCUAGCAAUGAUGGACCAGAAAGCAGAUCCCGAGAAACCAAAGUCCUGGCCAAAAUUUAUUUUGAGGGUUGACCACCACAUGUGCAACUAUUUAACUUCCGGGAAAAGGACUAGGCUUGCCAUCUUAAGUAGCUCGCUCAAAGUUUGGAUUCUCCUAAAAGUUGCUAGAGGUUUGACCAGGGGUGCAUUUGAAGUGAAACCUCUAACAGAUGAAAAGGAAAACAAGAAUCGGCAUCAAGCUGCCAUUUCCAUGUUACGACCAACAGAGAUUACGCCUAACAGCUCUGGGAAAAAGGUGACCCUCAUUCCGGUCAAAAGAUGGAAGACCGGUGGGAAAUGAAAUUUUGCCGGAUUCACUUGUUGUUAUCUAUACAAAUAGGCAUAAUAUUAUCAUUUUGUUACGAAAUUAGGAGGGACAAGGAUGACUUUCAUUUCUGUAAUUUGCUUGGGCACGACAGUGCCCACCCACUUUCAAAAUUGGGAACAUUCAUAAUGCAAUAUUGCAGGCUGAGGGGUUUUGUUCU